AUGUAUCUCCUGCUGGGCGCCACGGGCGUGGGCAAAUCGCUGCUGGUGAAGCGCCUGCACAAGCUGAGUUCCCUGAACGGGAAAGGUGAUCUCGGCGACCCGCCCCCGACGCGGCCGACGGUGGGCACCAACCUCACGGACAUUGGCGCUCAGCGGCGGCUCACCAUCCGGGAGCUGGGUGGCUGCAUGGCCCCCAUCUGGCCCAGUUACUACGGAGACUGCCGUGCCCUCUUGUUCAUGGUGGACGCCUCCAACCCCACCCAACUCUCCGCCUCCUGCUCACAGCUCCUGGGACUCCUGUCGGCAGAGCAGCUGUCCUCAGCCUCCGUCCUGAUUCUUUUCAACAAAAUAGACCUGCCUUGUUACAUGACCACUGAGGAGAUGAAGUCCCUCUUCAGGCUGCCGGACAUCCUUGCCUGUGCCCCACAGGACAUCACUGUGAUUGAGGUCAGCGCCCGCCAGGGCACUGGCUUGUCAUCGGUGCUGCACUGGCUUCAGGACCAUCACAGGCACCGCACUUGAUCCCUGGCCCUUGCUGGCUGCCCACAGUGGACCAUGGAGGGAACAGCACCAAGGGUCUUUGUCCAGUGACAUGUGGGGUGUGACAGUGAGAUGCCCAGUGACAGCUGUAGCAGGACUGGACACAGGACAAACAGUCUCUGUCAUUGGGCUGGGGGACAGGACAGCCAGCCUCUGUCACUGGGCUGGGUAGGAAGCACAGUCAGCCUCUGUCACUGGGCUGGGGGACAGGAGAGCUAGCCUCUGUCACUGGGCUGGGCAAGAAGCCCAGUCAGCCUGUCACUGGGCUGGAUAGGAAGCACAGUCAGCCUCUGUCACUGGGCUGGGGGACAGGAGAGCCAGUAUCUGUUACUGAUAUGGGUGGCAGCACAGUCAGCCUCUACAUCCAGGGCUGGGGUCCUGUUAAGGGCUGAUGCUAGGAUUUGUUCCCCUAUGUCUUGCUGAAGUUCCUGUCAGUCUGGAGGCUACUCCAGGCUGGGUGCUGGGGGAUCAUGCAGAGCCUGCCUACCCAUGAGUUCGUGGCAUGCCAGUCUGUGACAGUGCGAACCUCCUGGAUCUCAAGAACAUUUCUGGGGUCAGACACAGGGUAGACGAUUUUGUUUGCUCAACACAGGAAGAAAAUG